AUGGAACACCAACACGAACACAGAGAGACAAAGAUGCAGACAACUGCUGCCAAUGCGGUUGAGGCGGCGAGGCACUACACGGCGAACCUCCGUGCUUACUUGACCAUCCCGCCGCUUUCCGAGUCCAUGGCCGGCGUUAUCAUUCUCUUCGUCUUCAUGAACAGCAUGGCCACCUCCAUCUGGAUGUCCAACGCGUGGCCGCCAUUCGUGUACCUUGUCUUCAACAAUAGCAACCUUGCUGUUGGCGUUGUUGCCGGUGUCAACGGCUUCUUCGAGCUGUCCUGCGCUAUUGUCAGCGGCCACAUUGCGGACAAAGUCUGGGGCCCGUCUCGCACGCUUAUCUUCGCGGUACGAUUGGGCAUGGCGAAACUCUGUAUUGUCGCCCUGGCAAUCUGGCUGAAGCAUCGUUGGCUGCUCAUUGUCGCGCAAAUGUUUGAGGGCUGCUACAUGGGGCUGAGCCUCACAUGUGUGGAGUCCGUGUUUGCGCAGUGCCUGCGCACGGGCGAGCGCGAUCGACUCUACAGUUUAAAAUUCAGCGUCGAGUCUGUCGGUCCCAUUGUGGGGCUCGUCUCGUCUCUGUUUCUCUACUUGAUUGUCGACACAGAAUGGAACGUUCAGGUGCUGCAGAUCGUCAUGACAUGCGGGGUGGUGCUGCACCUGAUAUCCAUGAUCAUCUUCUCGAAGUUGUUUGUGGCGCCGCCGUCCCACCUAGACCAAAAGCGGAAGGCUGCCACGGCGACGGAUGUUGUCCUCAUCGACGACGUCCACAGCGAGGGCGGUGGCGCGCCCAGCGCACCCGUUCGCACAUACGAUGUGGAGGAGCGGCGGGCCAUGGACGCGGCGGGCCAUGAAGGAGAGAUAGACGAGGAGUUGUCGCCGUCGAAUCUUGUGCAGAGCGACAAGACGAACACCAUGGAUUGCGCUCGCUCAUUUAUUGCACACCCGACGAACGACAACUGCUCUCCUCCGAUAGUGAGUAACUACGGGCCCUCAGUGUGUGCCGCCCGCAGCACGGAUGUUGCUUCGCUGCGGAACAAGCAGAGUACGACGGCUGCGGGGAUGGAGCCGUACCAGCAGGCCGCCUCGGCUGGCGAGGGAGCGACGAGCGUCGCGGUCGGUCUGGAUAGCGGUGACAACCCAGCUUCGAUAAUCCCUACCUGGCAAGGUGGUCCAAGCUCACUAGUGGACAUCCACAACAUCCCGUCCGGUGCGCACAUCGAGUAUGUGGACCACGAGUACGAGGAGGCUUCCGCCUGCCGCCGCAGGGUGAUGGACUGCUUGCCGUUGCGUAUCUACCCUAUGACCAUUGUCGCGUGCGACGUUGUCCUUGUGUUGGGCAGCGGCAUGAUCACACGAUACUUACCGCUGUUUUUGAUGAAGGACUACAACGCGUCACUCGCCACGAUUUGCGUGCUGAAUCUGUUCAACUCGGUCGUGAUCGCGCUUAUGGCCAUCAUGAACGGCUUCAUUGGCAAGCGGUAUGGCCGCAUUCGCGCUGCUAUGCCACCCAAGGUGAUCGGUACCUUUUUGCUGCUGUACAUGGCGCUGGCGCAGAAGACGCGGCACAGUUCGAAAUUCUGGAUGUACCUGGCGUAUGUGUUCCGCAAUGCCUUGAUGAACUGCACGGUUGGACUGUCUCGCGCGCUCAUUAUGGAUUUGGUGCCCGAGCAUCGCCACAGCCGGUGGAACGCGCUGGAGUCGGUGCAGUCUGCGGGUUGGUCGGGCUCGGCUAUCCUCGGUGGCCUCAUGGCGGACAAGUUCGGCUACGGCGCAGCCUUCAUCUUCACGUUCUUCUUCCACCUCUUCUCCACAUCGGCGCUGGUCCCUUUCACCGUACGAAACGACGCACGCUUGCCGCAGCCGGUGCUCGUUUACGACGGUCUUCUUUCACAGACGUCGGAGCGCGAAAAAGAACGCGGGGGGAUCUUGUCACCGACGCAGACACCCGCGCCGCCCCCGAUGGCGACUACGAGGAAAGUCGCGAUGCCAGAGCUGGCGACUGAAAAUGUGCGCAGAAUCGCUUCGUGCACUUUGGUGAAUCGCGAUGCUGAGUAA